CUCCCCCACUCUUCUCUGGAGGAGGCCGGGCUCACACUCACUCACUCACUCACUGCCUGCUGCGCAUUCCCUCCCCUCUGCUCCUGCCCGUCCUCUUCCCUGCCAGAGAAUCUCCCGCUCUGCAGCACUCUGCAGAGAAGAAACAUGGUACAGUCGAAGAAGAAGUUUCGCGGCGUCAGGCAGCGCCACUGGGGCUCCUGGGUCUCCGAGAUCAGGCACCCUCUCCUGAAGAGGAGGGUGUGGCUGGGCACCUUCGAGACAGCCGAGGAGGCCGCGCGGGCGUACGACGAGGCCGCCAUCCUGAUGAGUGGACGCAACGCCAAGACCAACUUCCCCGUCCCCAGGAGCGCCAACGGGGAGAUCAUCGUCGCCCCACCGGUGGCAGCAGCGCGGGAUGGCCGCACCGGCGGCGGUUCGUCCUCCUCCUUCGGCGCGUCAGGCGCCGGCAGCCUGUCGCAGAUCCUCAGCGCCAAGCUCCGCAAGUGCUGCAAGACGCCGUCCCCGUCUCUCACCUGCCUCCGCCUCGACACCGAGAAGUCCCACAUUGGCGUCUGGCAGAAGCGCGCGGGCGCCCGCGCCGACUCUAGCUGGGUCAUGACCGUCGAGCUCAACAAGGAGCCAGCAGUGGCGGCGGCUGCGGCGCCACCAACGCCCAGCGACAGCACCAUGUCGGCGACUCCUUCCUCGUCCACGUCCACGUCCACAUCCACAACGACGGGCUCGCCACCAGCGUGCGCAAUGGACGACGAGGAGAGGAUCGCACUGCAGAUGAUCGAGGAGCUGCUGGGCAGGGGCGGCCCGGCCUCGCCGUCACAUGGCCUGCUGAUGCAUGGUGAAGAAGGCAGCCUGGUCAUCUGAAGAAAAAACAAAUAUGCACGGUUAAGAAAGCGUGAUCAGGUCACCAUCCCAGAUCAAGGAUCUGGUAGGGUGGUUGGUGCACAGGCAGUUAAGGUCAUUGCUCCACAGGCAUGAUAGGUAUCUCAGUAUCUCUCCGAUUGCGCGCUACGUAAAUUCAAGCUUAGGAAACGAUUAAUUAGUACUACGUCUGAAGCUCCGUGUAUCUAUUAAUCAAUUAAAGGCUUACUUGUAUGUAACUACUAUGUACACGCCGUCCCCGUCAUGAUAGUCACACCAUGUAUCAACAUCAUCAUACUAUAUACUAGUAUAUAAUUACGUACAUCAGUGAUAUAUCCCUUUCUAAUAAAUGGAAUAAACACCUUGUGAUGCA